AUGAUGAGUCCAAAGGAAAAGAAAUUUGUGAGAUUUGAAGAUUGGAAGUCAGAAUCAUCAUCUUUUAAUAUUUCACAAUAUGAUUCUUCAAUGGAUGGAUUUGAGAAAAGAAAAUCCAAACCAAGUUUUAGUCCUGCAAAAAAUAAUGAACCGUCGAAAAAACCAGCUUCUAGGUUUACUGUUCUUGAUCCACAAGGUCCACUGCUUCAAAAAUGGAACAAGAUCUUUGUAAUAACAUGUGUCAUGGCAGUGUCGAUGGAUCCGCUGUUCUUUUACAUCCCUGUGAUUGAUGACAAGAGAAAAUGCCUUGACUUGAGUGGAACAUUGAAGAUUACUGCGAGUGUUCUUCGCACGUUUUUCGAUCUUUUCUAUAUUCUUCGUAUAGUAUUUCAGUUUCGAACCGGGUUUAUUGCUCCUUCUUCGCGCGUGUUUGGAAGGGGCGAGCCUGUUGAUGAUCCUUUGGCUAUAGCAGUGAGAUACUUAAGUUCUCAUUUCAUCAUUGAUAUUCUGUCAAUUCUUCCACUUCCUCAGAUGGUGAUUUUGGCUAUGAUUCAUAUUCCACAAUGCUCAGUUCCAUAUAUAGCAAAGGAUUGGUUGAAGUAUACAAUAAUAACACAAUACGCGCCGAGACUUUUGCGAAUCUAUCCGUUGUUCAAAGAAGUAACAAGCACUUCUGGUAUAUUGACUGAGACAGCAUGGGCUGGAGCUGCUUAUAAUCUUUUUCUUUAUAUGCUAGCAAGUCAUGUGGUUGGAGCUUUUUGGUAUUUGUUUUCGAUAGAAUCAGAGUUGCGGUGUUGGCGUAAACGAUUGAAGAGUACUGGAUUUCUUGAUGAUUCAUCCUACUUGAGCUGUGGACGGUUUAAUUCGGCUGUUUUUUCGCUUCUCAGCAACUCUACUACUUGUCCUUACAAAGAACCAGAUGAUAUCAUUGAUCCAACAGUUUUUGAUUUUGGAAUAUUUAUAGAUGGUCUAAAGUCUCGUGUCGUCGGUUCGACUACAGACUUUCAUCAUAAAUUCUUCUACUGCUUUUGGUGGGGUUUGCGCAAUUUAAGUUCUGUUGGGCAGAAUCUGAAGACAAGCACUUAUAUUGGGGAGAUAAUCUUUGCGAUCUUCAUCGCCGUCUUUGGAUUGGUUCUAUUCGCAUUGCUUAUUGGAAACAUGCAGAAAUAUCUACAAUCUACAACUGUUAGAGUUGAAGAGAUGAGAAUCAAAAGGAGGGAUGCAGAACAAUGGAUGUGCCACCGUAUGUUACCAGAGUUCAUGAAGCAAAGAAUUCGACGGUAUGAGCAAUACAAAUGGCAAGAAAAUCGAGGUGUCGAAGAGGAGACGUUGAUUCGCAACCUCCCUAAAGAUCUUAGAAGAGAUGUAAAGAGACAUCUUUGCUUAGAUUUACUUAAAAAAGUGCCAAUUUUUGGCAACAUGGAUAAACAGUUGCUAGAUGCAAUGUGUGAUAAACUCAAACCAGUCCUUUAUACCGAGAAAAGUUACGUUGUUUGCGAAGGUGAUCCGGUGGAUGAAAUGCUCUUCAUCAUGCGUGGAAAACUUGCGACCGCGACAACAAAUGGUGGAAGAACUGGUUUCUUUAACUCGUCCGAGCUUAAGGCUGGUGAUUUUUGUGGAGAGGAGCUUCUAACAUGGGCAUUGGAUCCUACCACUUCCUCAAACUUACCUAUUUCAACUAGUACUGUGGAAACUAUUUCAGAAGUUGAAGCUUUUGCUCUCAUGCAUGAUGACUUGAAGAUUGUUGCUUCUCAAUUUCGCCGUCUUAUUAACAGAAAACAACUUCAACACACUUUUAGGUUCUAUUCGUUGCAAUGGAGGACGUGGGGAGCGCGGUUCAUACAAGUAAUAUGGCGUCGAUACAGAGACAAAAGGGCUCAGAAAGCAUUGCGCGAAGCGGAAGAAAAACAACAUAAUGCUUCUGAAAAUGAGGAAGAGUGUUCACCAAGCUUUGUUUCCACUAUGUAUGUACAAAAGUUUGCAUCUAAUGCAUUAAGGCAUGUAAGAAGUGGCAAAACAGUGACACAGACACCGACACCGACAAAGAGAUUGCUACCACUCUUGCCUAAGAAACCAGCUGAGCCAAAUUUCAUUACUCAAAAGAACUAA